AUGUCCAUGUCGACUCCUCCACCGUACGGUAUGCCUGAUGACAGCCGCGGUCGAGACCGUAUCUCCGAAGAAGGACACGACAAUUCCGAACCUUCUAAAGAGAGCCCGCAGCUCGAAGGCGAGAUUUACGCGACUCGACUGCCGUAUUUGGCUUCAUUUGAUACGCACAGGCGGUUGCGGCGCUUCCUGGAUUUCGCGCACAGCGUCCCUGCUAGCGUCAUGUGGGGUCCGGCGUCCGCGUCGCACGUGUUGCACGACCCUACGGUCGGCCUACCCAUCAAGAUCUGGAUCGUCGGUACCGUAGUUGACCUAUCGGCUAACGUUACGGGCGGGGUUCUCGUAGGGCGGCCCGGUCCCUAUUCAGCCACGGUGCUGCGCGUCCGAUUGCUGCGAACAGUUGACAGCGGCCAUAUGGCGCGUCUCAUCUGUUUGGGUCGUCGUAAGCCGUGGUUCGACGGAGACAUUUUCGAGUGCGGAAAUAUGAACAAGGCUGUUUGGGAUAACCAGCAUAUGUUCGCGGGUGUGUACGACGCCACGCAAUAUUUCCGGGCCAAGAGCCUGAUGGAGCGCCUCCCGUUAUCGGACGUGGUACUUGGCGACGUUGUAUUGGCGGAGUGUUACUGUAUCAGGACUCUGGAGGUUACGGGCGGGCGCGCCGUCAAGCCUGCAACCUGGAGGGCUUACAACCUGCAACGCGACAAACGACGUGCUAGUGCCCUUCACGCACAUAUCAGACUCUUUCAAGUCCUACUCAUGAUCACAUCCACCAGGAACGUCACCGCGGCGUACUACACUCCCGGCGCACCCAUCCGGCUGAUAUCUGUCCCAGUCCAACACUUCAACUUCGACGACGGCUUCGAGCAACCGCUGCUGGACGGCAUACUUCAUGGAUCCGCACACGUCGAGCGUCACGUACUCAAGCUUAGUAGUAGUAUGGCGGACUACCUCGUUUUCGUCGCUACGAAGCCCAUGCUCGAUCGCCAAACUCGUCUGCUCAGGAGGCGAUACGGAAACCUCAUUUGGGACGGUGAUCUGGUGAUCUUCCGCCGUUCUCUUAAUAAGCAAGGGUUCGUGAACAUGCGCAAAGGAGACCGUCAGCGCUCAAACACCAUCGCCGGGAGUAUAAAGCACGACGACGACCGUGGCAUGAUGUAUCUCAAGAACGGCACCUCCAUUCGCGUCAAUAUCUCUUGGCAGCAGAUGUCGUCGAGGUCGCAACUGCCCACUCUGCAAACCGUCGUCACCGUCGACGCACCGCGUCCUCCGGGCACCGAUCUUUUCGUACCCCACGAUCCGUUCGUGCGGCCGAUGUACCUGUUCUCCACUCAUCGUGGGUUAAACGGCGUGCCGGGGAACGUUAUAGUGGACGGAGAAGUAACGCAGCUCAUCUACCGCCCCAGUCGCAGCACCGGGGACAUGGUGCUGAUCUUACCCGCCGAAGACCACGCGCCGCCGACCGAGGGCGCGAUACAGACUUCUUACAGAAGCGUUGUGCCGCCGGGGAGUCUGAUUCGCACCUAA